GCCGGGGUGGCGCCGGUUGGACUCCGCGUCCCAGCAUUCCCUGCCGCAACCCUGGAGCACUUCCGCCCUGGUGUGAAGUGGGUGUCUCGGUGGAGCCUUGGGGAGCAUUUCUUCUCCCACAGCCCCUUGAAGGACUCACCGUAGAUGCAGGAAGACGCUGGCUGAAGAUGGUCCAGCUGAAGUGAGGUCUCCAGGAUAGACCAUGGCUGUCGCCUGGGAAUCCCAGGCCCUGGCCUCUCCCCAACCAGGGCCUGAAGAGCUCCUGGUUGUGAAACUGGAGGAGGGCUCAUGGAGAUCAGAGUUCAAACCCUGGGAGAAGGGCAAUGACCCUGUGCCUGGCCCUGAGGCCUUUCGUCAACGCUUCAGGCAGUUCCAGUACGGGGAUGCAGCUGGACCCCAUGAGGCCUUCAGCCAGCUCUGGGCACUCUGCUGUCGCUGGCUGAGGCCGGAGGCCCACCUCAAAGAGCAGAUCCUGGAGUUGCUGGUGCUGGAGCAGUUCCUGGCUAUCUUACCCAGGGAGGCCCAGGCCUGGGUGCAGGCACGCCACCCUGAAAGCGGCGAGGAGGCGGUGGCCCUGGUGGAGGAUUGGCACCAAGAGGCCAGGGCUGCAGGGCAACCGGAGCUGGAAUUGUGUGCAGAAGAGACCAAGUCCUUAAAAGCAGUGCAGGAAUCUCGAAGUUGUCGGCUGCAGCCAGCACGUCCCUGGCCUGAGGGACCAUCCCGGAGGCAGUGGGUGAGGAAUCCGUGCCUUGACCUUCCCAAGCAUCUGGACACCACGAUGGCACCACAGGCCUUGAAAGAGAGUGCUGUCCUCACUCCCCGAGCCCCUACUGUCCCAAAGAUGGGGAGCAUUGGAGAUUGGGAGGUGACAGCUGAGUCCCAGGAAGCCCUGGGCCUUGGCAGACACGCUAAGAAGGAGGUCUGCAAGGACCCCCCCGGAGGCAGCUGGGGGAGUGGCGUGUCCCUGGGAGUUCCAGUUUCAAAAUCAAACAUCAACUCCCAGCAAGAGCAAGAUCCAGAAUUUUGGGGGCCAGGCCUUGUAAAUCCUGGCAAAAGGAACACUGCAGAUUACAGCCUGGAUAAUGAGCAAAAAAAACCAAUACAGGCACUGGCCUGGAGGGACUCCAGGGCCUGGGAGGAGCAAUACCAGUGGGAUGUGGAGGACAUGAAGGUGUCAGGUGUGCACUGGGGCUAUGAGGAGACCAAGACUUUCCUGGCAAUUCUGAGUGAGUCUCCUUUCUCUGAAAAGCUCCGGACUUGUCACCAAAACCGCCAGGUGUAUCGGGCCAUUGCAGAGCGACUGAGGGCACGGGGCUUCCUGCGAACGCUGGAGCAAUGUCGCUACAGGGUCAAAAACCUCCUACGGAAUUACCGGAAAGCUAAGAGCAGCCACCCACCAGGGACGUGCCCCUUCUAUGAGGAGCUGGAGGCUCUGGUGAGGGCUCGGACGGCCAUCAGAGCCACAGAUGGCCCAGGAGAGCCUGUGGUACUCCCCAGGCUGGGGGAUAGUGACACAGAGAUUGAUGAGCAAGAAGAAGGGGGCUGGGCACUUGAAGAAACAGCAGAAGACUGUAAUGGUCAUGACCUGGCUGCUGAUGAGUCUGUCCAGGUGCCCAGGAUUUCAAGGGGCCCUGCUCUGUUCCAGAGUCGCAUUGCAGGUGUGCACUGGGGCUAUGAGGAGACCAAGGCCUUCCUGACCAUUCUCAGUGAGUCCCCAUUCUCUGAAAAGCUUCGCACUUGUCACCAGAACAGCCAGGUGUACCGAGCCAUUGCAGAGCGGCUGUGUGCACAGGGCUUUCUGCGGACACUGGAGCAGUGUCGCUACAGAUUCAAAAAUCUCCUUCGAAGCUACCGGAAAGCCAAGAGCAGCCACCCACCAGGGACGUGCCCCUUCUAUGAGGAGCUGGAUUCACUGAUGAGGGCUCGGACUGCAGUCAGAGCCAUGGGGACCUUCCGGAAGGCAGUGGGUCUCCCUAGGUGUGGGCAGAGCAGUACCGAAGCUGAUGACCAGGAGGCCUGGGAUGAAAUGGCAGAUGAAGAUGCCAUCAAGCCUCCAACCCCAUGUCCUAAAAUCCCAGACACUGGGUUUGAGAUGAGGCAUGGGAAUGAAGACCAGACAUCAGAGCAGGAGGACAUUUUUGAGGAUUUGCCUGGAGCCUUAUCAAAAUGUACUACAAAGGGAGUUUGUCCCCCUCAUGAAUGGGGGGAAGAGAGUGAAAGUGAAAAUGAAAGUGAAGGUGCAGGGCAGUGGGGAAAUCUCCCACAGGAACAGUGGGAAGAAUGUUCUUCUGAAGAGGACUUGGAAAAACUUAUUGACCAUCAAGGCCUGUACCUUGCAGGGAAACCCUAUAAGUGUGACCAGUGUGAUAAAAGCUUUAGUCGGAGCUCCCACUUCGUUGCCCACCAUCGGAUCCACACAGGCGAGAAGCCCUACAAAUGCCCUGAAUGUGGGAAAAGCUUUAGUGACCGCUCCAACCUCAACACCCAUCAGAGAAUCCACACUGGAGAGAAGCCCUACAAAUGCCCUGAAUGUGGGAAAAGCUUUAGUGACCACUCCAAUCUUGUCACCCAUCAGAGAAUCCACACGGGGGAAAAGCCCUAUAAAUGUGGGGAAUGUUGGAAAAGCUUCAACCAGAGCUCAAACCUCCUGAAACAUCAGAGAAUUCACUUGGGUGGAAAUCCUGACCGCUGUAGCGGUUUUCCUGGGGAAAACUUUGGGCAAAAACCAUCCUUUUGUGCUCACUGGAGAGACUCUACAGAGGAGACAGCUGAACCUCAGAGUGCCAGGAAGAACUUGAAUUUUGGACUGCACAGCACCAACUCAGGGGAGAAACUUUAUCAGUGUUCUGAAUGUGGAAGAACCUUCUCUAAGAGCUCUGCCCUCAUUAGUCACCAAAGAAUUCAUACGGGAGAGAAACCAUAUGAAUGCGCCGAAUGUGGGAAAAGCUUCAGUAAGAGCUCCACGCUGGCUAACCACCAGCGAACCCACACAGGGGAGAAGCCCUAUAAAUGUGCGGAUUGUGGGAAGUGCUUCAGCGAACGCUCUAAGCUCAUCACACACCAGAGAGUGCACACGGGAGAGAAGCCCUACAAAUGCCUUGGAUGUGGGAAAUUCUUCCGUGACCGUUCUAACCUCAUUACUCACCAGAGGAUUCACACGGGGGAGAAGCCUUACAAAUGCAGAGAGUGUGGGAAAUGCUUUAACCAGAGCUCCAGUCUUAUUAUUCACCAGAGAAUCCACACCGGGGAGAAACCCUACAAGUGCACAGAGUGUGGCAAAGACUUCAACAAUAGCUCCCACUUCAGUGCCCACAGGAGAACCCAUGCAGGAAGGAAGGCACUGUAAGAGACACCUCCCCCGCAGCAAGGAGAUAAAUGUAUAUUUAAACCUCCCAAGAUCCUAAGACGUAUGCUAGAAACUUGCCCAGUUUUUAAGCUUGGUGUAUACCCAGGGAAGUUACUUUGGUAUGAUCCAGGCAAUUUGGAAGUAAACUACAAAUGCCAGGGAUCCACUUAGAAUUAGAAGCCACUUUUCUUAAGUGUAAUUUGUCUUUUUUCUGUGAACUGCUCCCACCCCAACCCUCAGGCUGUCCUUACCUUUGCUGUCAUGUAAGAGCUUUGUCAGUGUCUGAGCCAAACUGGUAAUUUAGGGGAUUAGCAACCAAUCAGUGGUCCUGAGCAGUGACCCUAAACCUCGCUGUGCCUUCAUGCCCUCCAUGGUACACCUGCCCCAUAGGCAUACAUCAGCAAACUCAUACAGGGCAGUUUUCAGUCAGGGCAGAUCCUUGUGGGAGAAGUUAGGACUCUGGUAAGAGAGGGGCAUAACUGAGGAUCUGUGGCCAAGAGUAGGCCACCAUGACCUCAGCUAAGUAAGCACAGUGACAUCAUUACUAAGUCAUUAACAAUAGCAAAAAACAAGCCAGUAUUUCUUGGACAUCUAAUCUCGGUAGGCUCUGUGCCGAGCACUGUAUCACAUCAUCUCACUUAACCCUCACAAGAAUCUCAGGAGGUCGGUACUAAUAUUGUCCCAGUUUCCCAGUGGAGAAAACUGAGGGUUGGGAAAGUUAAGUGUUUGGGUCACACAUCGCAAGGUGGCAGAGGCAGGAUUCAACCAGAUCUGUCUGUCUCCUGAGCCUGGGGUACUUUUGCCACUAAAGUGAAUCCCCUUUCACAUUAGGGCAGGUAGCUCAGGUGCUAGGACCUCAAAGCACUUUGUGGACCUGUUAAAAGCCCUUCUGAAUUCUUCCUGUUAAAAUUCCUUUAUGAAUUUUCUUAACAAAUAAGGAAACCAUAUUUAAUCCCUAAAGAUUAAAGGAUUUGGGAUGUUCAGAAUUAGUAUUAUGCCUUGAGCAAGCAUGAGCUAUUAACACGUGUUGUGAAUUUCCAUCUUUAAUAUGGGUGGGAGAUAGGAAAUAUAGGUGGGUUGAGAUUGGGAAAAAUAUGUAGCCAAAGUGAUGUUUCUAUCAAUGAGAUACUGCUUUGGCUAAGGAAAUAGGGCUUAAGAAUUUCCCUUUUCUCAGGGAGUCAGUCCUGCUUCUUGUUUGACAGUAAGGCUAAACCAUAGGUUAAACCUUACAGAAACCUGGGCCUGCUUUUUUGUGGCCCUGGCCCUUCCCCUCUUGACAUGGCAGAAGCUUUGUUCCUGAUUCCUGUGCCAGGACUGAGGUGGAAGGGAGGUGGAAGGAGCUGGUGUGGUUUCUUCCUGAGAGGGCUUUGAACACUCUUGAAUAUUCCAGGGUCAAGGCACAGUUUUGCCCGUCUCGUCCCAGGCCUAGCCAGUGCUUUCUAAAUGUUGGUGUUAAGACUCCUCCUCCCCCCCAAUAUACAAACUGAACUAAAAGGUUCAUAGGAUGAUUUCCUAGCUUGCAGCACUUUGGCCUCCAGAGUUUCUCCUUAGGAGAACUUAAAAAUGUUCACCAAGACUUUGGUUUCCAAAGGAUUUUAAAGGAAAUGCCUUCCCUGACAUCUGCCUGUGACACUGGGAUGUCAUGCAAACCCUUGUCAUUUUGUGGACUGAGGAAGUACCUGUCAGAUAGUGGAUGUGGUGGAGCCAUGAAGAAUGGAACUUCAUUCACAGCUGUGAGGUAGGAGUGCAGGGAUUUGCACUCCCACAUAAUGAGAGCACUCCUUAGCCCCUCCCUCUGCUUCCCAGGUGCCAGCUCACCUGGGAUCAGUGCGUGUCACCUCUUUCCCAGUUUCUCUCUCCUGGCUCACGUGGUCUCCCCUGGACUGGAACCAGCAGAUGUCAGUAACUGCAAUACUAAGAUGAAAUGUAAGGUGGUGUGUGAACUGAGAGGAAGGAUCCUGAAGGAGGGAAAGGGGUUUCCAGGGAAAGGCCCAGAGCUGUGACAUACAUGGAUUCAGGGUGCGGUGGUGAGUGGUGGGAACUGAGCUUGGGGGGGACUAGGGCAGGGUCAUGGAGGAGUUUGUGUCUGAGUGGAGCCUGGAGAGCAGGCUGAGGGGGACAUGGUCAGAUGUACAUUGCUGAAGUCUAAUGGAACUUGGAUAUGCUGCAGUUAGGCCAACCUGUUUUUUGGGACACUGCUGCAGUUUUCCAGUUAAAAGUGAGGGUCUGAAUUUGCACAGUGGUGACAUUGAGGAAGGGCUGGCCUUGAGAGGUUUCAGAGGCAGAAUUGAAGACAGCUGAGGAAAGCUAGAAUACUCUGGGUGACAGGUAGAGCAUGUGAUUAUUCGGAAUCAGGAACACACGGAGGAGGUACAGGUAGCAUGGGGGCACAAGGUUAUGCUGAGUUUGGGAUACUUUGAAGGUGAAGUGUAUCGGGGACAUCCAAGUGGCAAUAUGCAGCAGGCAUUUGGCUAUCUGGGCCUGAAGUGGGGGAGAGAUUAGGACCCGAGAGUCAUCUGUAUGCCUGGGAGUUAGCCUCAUGAGAAAGGGGGUACAUUCAAGUGAUAGACACAUUGGGCCUUGGACAGAACUUGAGAAGCACCAAGCGUAGAGGAAGGUGCUCCUCAAGGGAGAUCUAGACCACUGCCCACUCCUGCCACCUCCCACACACCUGCCACCUCUGGGACAAUGCCGACACCUGAGUUAUCAGGGUAGUCCUGCAUCUUCUAGAACCUUCACUGUGGAAGCCAAGCAGGGCUUUGUGAAGACAGCCCUCUCCCCUUCGAGUGUCACCUGUUCCCCUGCUCUUGGAGUGUGCUAGUGUCUCAGGUUUCCAGUAAACAGAUUUG